GCAAUCAGUAUAUAUCUGAUUGAAAGUAAAGAUCAAGAAAAAGAAAUUGUUCUUUUUGUCCUGAUAAAUGAAGAAGAAAGAGAUUCUAAUACUCAAUCAGUUUUUAUAAAAAAUGAAUAUUAUAGUAUAUAUGGAAAUGUCAUACCUGGAACUUAUAAUAACAAAUUAAGACUAAAAAGUGAGUGCAGAAGAGAUCUUGGCUCAAAUAGAUGUUCAUUAAAAACUUUAUUAGUUGAUGUUGAACAAAAUAUAUCAAAAGAAGUUAAUGAUGAAAAUGUAAUAUUCAAAAUAUUGGUAAAUAAUUAUGCUGCUCAGCAUUGGUAUUUGGAAAUUAUAAAUAAUGAUUUAUAUGUUUAUGCUACUAAUAUCUUUCUUGUUGAUAUAAAUUUUAUAACUAAAAAAAGAGGUUUGGUUUAA